AUGUCAACUGCGGAGGAAUUGAAGCAAAGCGGCACCGCCGCCUUCGGUGCUAAGCGGUUUGAGGAGGCAUUGUCUCUGUACGAGCAGGCCAUUGCAUUGGAUCCGCAGAAUGUUGACCUGCACAACAACGCCGCGGCCGCCAACCACGCAUUGCAACGCUACGACGCUGCUAUCGCCUGUGCGAGACACUCCCUCAGCAUUCGUGAAACUCACAGGGCGCAUACCCGUGUGGGCGAAGCGCUGUGGGCCCUCAACCGGUUGCCAGAGGCCGCUGUGGAGUACGAGCGGGCGCUGGCGCUGGCGCCCGGCAACGCGAGCAUUGAGGACAGCUUGCGGCGGCUGCGGCUGCGGCUGCUGCAAUCACUCGGUGGCGGCGACGGUGGCAGCAUUGGCACCCCAUCGAACAUAUCAACCGGAAAGUUCGGUCUGCUCGCUGACACCAUUGUGACGGUGGUUGCCGUCGUUACGAUGCUGGGCCUUUUCUUCUCCCCCGCGCUUGCCAGGAACGCCUGGACACUGCUGCUGGUGGCGGUGAUGGGGCAGCAGGCACUUAUUGCGCACACACACGGUCUCCUCAAACCCUCAAAGGCGGUUUUGAUGAAGUGGGCCGACUACCGGUGCACGCUGGAAUUGAUGCUGUGCUUCACCGCACUCCUCAGUGGGGUGGGGCCUCUGAUGCUUUUGGUUGCCGUCCAGGGAGUCUUCAGCGCAGUGAGCCUUGCAGCAAACCGAGUCGUGUUAGCUAAUGCUGCGCCAGCUGUUCACCAGGCUAUCUUGCCAUAUUUGGAGAAGAUCACGACAAACCAAACCCUUCUUGUUUUGCAAGCUUCCACGAUGGAGGCUAUUAUGCUGUUCACCAUUAUGUUCUCAGGUGGUGCUAUAUUUACACUCGUCUACAUUCAGUACGUCAAGUGUUUGUAUCGUAUCGACAACAACACGAGAGUUGCUUUUUCAGGCUUGCGUAUGAAUGUCUCGCGUCUCACACGAAACCAGUACAUGCCUGCUUUUGUGGACACAUAUAUGCAGAAGUUUUGUGACUUGCUCCAUAUGCUUUCACAACAGAAUGUCUGA